AUGAAGGUACAAUUUAGUGUUUUAGAGGGAUGUGAUUGUUACAAAAUUCGGACGGUGCCUUCACUUGUUACUUUAAAGCAUGGAGAAGUGUGUGAAUUUGAGAUAUUUAUCAACCCAUUAUGUUCGUGUGACAUAAAAGAUGAUAUUAUGGUCAUUGGAUUGGAAUUAAAAACAGGUACACAAUAUAAUGAACGAGUCAAAAUUGAAACAAAGACUGAAAACACCACAAAAUUGAAUUAUAAUGAACUUGAGGAAACAAAGAAAAUAGGCGAAGGUUCAUUUGGGAUUGUGUAUAAAGGUAAUUACAGAGGAAAUGUCGUCGCAAUUAAACGAAUGAAAGAGAGUACUAGUGAUGAAAAAGGGAAGAUGGUGGAGUUUGAAAAUGAAGUUUCAAUGCUGGACAAAUUCCGAAGUGAGUAUAUCGUACACUUUUAUGGGGCCGUAUUCAUUCCGAAUAAAGUGUGUUUAGUCACUGAAUUUGCUCAAUUUGGAAGUAUGCAAGACUUAAUGAAACACAAAACAAACGAAGAAGUCGAUGUCAAAAUGCGAAUAAAAAUAAUGAUAGAUGCGGCACAGGGGAUAUAUUACUUACAUGAAAAUAACAUAUUACAUCGAGAUAUAAAACCGGAUAACAUCCUUGUUAUUUCACUUGAUUUGAACAACAAAGUCAAUGGAAAAUUGACUGAUUUUGGAUCAAGUCGAAAUAUUAAUCUACUGAUGACGAACAUGACAUUCACUAAGGGUAUUGGAACACCGACUUACAUGGCUCCUGAAAUUUUGAUGAAAGAAAAAUACAAGAAAAAUGCUGAUGUAUUUUCAUUUGCAAUUACCAUGUUUGAGUGUUUUGGAUGGUGCGAAGCUUACACAAAAGAUUUGUUCAAAUUCCCAUGGAAAAUAGCCGAAUAUGUCAUCGCUGGAAAUCGACCAAUACAAAACAAAAAUAUUAAGGACAAUCAGUAUGAAUUGAUUUGUGAGUGUUGGAAACAAAAUCCUAUUGAAAGGAUAACAAUUGAAACAAUAAUUCAAAAACUUGAAACAUUGAAAGAUAAUUAA